CCCGCCGCCCACCCCCGCUGCCGGGAGCGCCUCUACCGGGCGCUGGAGCUCUCCCCCAGCAGAAGGAUCAACUGCUCGGGGAUCGUCCGCGGGGACCAGAGAGCCAUCCAGGAAGCCCAGCUCAGCAAUCUGGUGGUGGCGAACAAAAGGGAUUCCCUGACACCCGGCGAGUACCUGAACAUGACGAAGGACUGCAGCAGCUUCAAGGAGACCCGGCGCUUCAUUGAGUUCCCGCUGAGCCAGGAGGAGGCGGAGUUCCCCAUCGCCUACUCCAUGGUCAUCCACAACAAAAUCGAGAUGUUCGAGCGGCUCCUGCGGGCCCUCUACGCCCCCCAGAACGUCUACUGCAUCCACAUUGACAGCAAGUCCCCAGCCGACUUCCAGAAGGCCGUGCGGGCCAUCAUAGCCUGCUUCCCCAACGUCUUUGUGGCUAGCCGUCUGGAAAAGGUGGUCUAUGCCUCCUGGUCCCGGCUGCAGGCCGACCUCAACUGCAUGCAGGACCUGUUGCAGAGCCCUGUGCCAUGGCGCUAUGUCCUUAACACCUGUGGCACGGAUUUCCCCAUCAAGACCAAUGCCGAGAUUGUCCGUGCCCUGAAGGUGCUGCAGGGGCGGAACAGCAUGGAGUCAGAGAAGCCCUCGGCCUUCAAGCAGAAGCGCUGGCAGUACCACCACAAAGUGGGGAAGUUCAUCUCCCGGACAGUCACGGAGAAAGUGCCGCCACCCCACAACUACACCAUGUUCACAGGCAAUGCAUACAUUGUGGUCACGCGGGCCUUCGUGCAGCACAUCUUCGAGAACCCCAUGGCACAGCAGUUCCUCGAGUGGGCCAAGGACACCUACAGCCCUGACGAGCAUGUCUGGGCCACCCUCAACCGCAUGCCCGGCGUGCCGGGCGCCAUGCCCCUGAGUGACAAGUUCCAGCUCUCGGACAUGAACGCCCUGCCGCGCCUGGUCAAGUGGGAGUACAUGGAGGGUGACACCAGCAAGGGCGCACCCUACCCGCCCUGCACCGGCCGGCACCAGCGCUCCGUCUGCAUCUACGGGGUGGGCGACGUGCCCUGGAUGCUGCAGCAGCACCACCUCUUGGCCAACAAGUUCGACCCCAUGGUGGACGAUGCCGCCAUCCA